AUGAAAAAUGUACUUGAACCACUUCAUAAACAAAUUCAACAAGAUAUUACAACUAUGACACAAAAAGAACAAUCAUUUGUUUAUAAUUACAAAGCUGAUCUUGAUAAUGCUUGGAAUAAUUGUAUGCAUUAUGAAAAUACAAAACAAGUUAAACAUAUGCAUGCAGCAUGGGAUUUAUAUUAUAAUACUUUUAAAAAACUUACAAAUCAAUUAAGAAAUAUGCAAACAUUAGAUAUGAAAAUUUGUUCUCCUGAUUUAAUAACAUAUAAAAAUUUUAAUGUUGUUGUUCCUGGUACAUAUAAUCCAUAUUCAUCAAAAGAUCCUGUUAUGAUAAAAGAAGUUAAAAGAUUUGCUAAUGUUAUUUCAUCUAAACAAAGACCAAGAAAAGUUAUUAUGAUUGGUAGUGAUGGUGAGGAGUAUUGUUUUCUUUUAAAAGGACAUGAAGAUCCACGUCAAGAUGAAAGAGUUAUGCAAUUAUUUGGUCUUAUUAAUACAUUAUUUAAUAAAGAUAGAAGAACAUAUCGAAGAAAUUUAGAUAUUCAAAGAUAUUCUAUAAUUGCUUUAAAUGAAACAUGUGGAUUAAUUGGAUGGCUUCCUAAUUGUGAUACAUUACAUUCUUUAAUUAAAGAUUAUAGAGAUAAAGAUAAUAUAAAUAUUUCUGCUGAACAUACUGCAAUGCAAUCAUAUGUGAUUGAUCUUGAAAAAUGUAAUUUAAUGAUGAAAGUUGAAGCUUUUAAAAAUGCAUUAACAGCAACAUCUGGUGAAGAUUUAAGGCAAACAUUAUGGCUUAAAUCUCCUAAUUCAGAAAUUUGGUUUGAAAGAAGAACAAAUUAUACAAGAAGUAUGGCUGUAAUGUCAAUGGUUGGAUAUUUAAUAGGUCUUGGUGAUAGACAUCCUUCUAAUUUAAUGCUUGAUCGACUUAGUGGUAAAAUUGUUCACAUUGAUUUUGGAGAUCUUUUUGAAAUAGCAACAAUGAGAGAAAAAUAUCCUGAAAAGAUUCCAUUUAGAUUAACAAGAAUAAUGGUUAGAGCUAUGGAAGUUACAGGAAUUGAAGGAAAUUACAGAAAUACAUGUGAAAGAGUUCUUAAUUUAUGUAGAACAUAUGAUGAUCGACUUUUAGCUAUUCUCGAAGCAUUUGUUUAUGAUCCAGUAAUUGGAACUAAACUUCAAUCAGGAUCAAAAGCUGUUAAUAAACAAUAUACUCCUCCUAAAGCUAUUCCACAUACAGGAACUGCUGAAAUAGAAAGAAUUAAACAAAAAUUAAUAGGUAGAGAUUUUGCUUUUUAUCAUUCUUAUGAAGUUGAGGGACAAGUUAAUAGGUUAAUUGAAGAAGCUACAUCUGCAGAUAACUUAUGUCAAUGUUAUGUUGGUUGGUGCCCAUUUUGGUAG